CAUACAGUACUGUACAGUACAGUGUUUGCCUUUCCAAUACUUUGAUGUUAACUUUUGUCAAUAUAAGGAAGUUCUUGUAAAUAUUAUGUUCAUUUUUAUAACCACUGGGUACUGCUUUGGUUUACUCUCAUUGCGCACUCGUUGAAAGUGAUACUGAAAGAUAACGGAACUGAGAGUGUCAGCUCGUCAGCUCAGCUCUUAGAGAUGGAUAAGUUAAAACCUUUAAUUACCUUCACGCAGAAACAGCAAUCCAACUUGGGUUUUGGAUUGAUCACUCUUUUAACAGUGGGUAGCGAGCACAUCUUCUCUGCCUUUGCUUUCAAGUGUCCUUGCAAUGAUUGGAAUUUUGUGUAUGGGAACGUCUGCCUCCUCGUGCCCGCGCUUGCUCUGCUCAUCCUAAGUUACAUGCUGAGCAAUAAAACGUGGAAAUUAGUCACUGGUCUUUGCCAUCGAAAGUAUAGACUAUGUCGUAUUCGUUAUGCGUUUGGCUUUUUGUGUGUUUUUCUUCAGAUAACCACCACCGCAAUGGUCGCACCUCUGAGCUGGAUAGCUGUUGCGUUACUCAAAGGUGUUUACUUCGAGUGUUCAAUGACUGGCGCUAAUGUUACCCUCUUCCGACAUCAACUUUGUAGUCAAAAGUUUCCACAUUGUUGGACAGAGCUGGAAAAGUUUCCGUGUGAUGGGACGUCAAUCCCGCAGAGUGAGAGGAUGGCUCUCCUCACCAUUAUACGCGCGGAGUCGCAGGUACUUGGCUGGCUUCUUAUUGCUUCUGUUGCAACAUUCGCUUUUCUGCUUACUUGCCUGGCCAGAUGCUAUUCUCCGAUCAGCUACAUGCAGCUGAAGUUUUGGAGGAUGUAUUCAGAGAAGGAGAGUGACUAUUUGGACAGCUUUACAUCUCAGCACGCUGAAAAGCUUGCGAAAAGAAACCUAACAAGUUUCUUUGAGCUAACCAAACCCAUUCCUAUGAAGAAUCCUCCCAAACGAGCCUGGGAGAAGAUUUCCUCCUUCUACAAGUACAGAAGCAUGAAUGACUACUACAGCAUUCUGCACAAGUAUGUGUCCACUUGUGAGGACCUUGAAAAUCCAGGAGCAAGGGCUUCAGUCAAGUCUGAAAAUGAGUUUUCAAGCCCAGCAGCACUGGCAUUUUUGGACGAUGACAAAUUAGCCCUGUAGUUGUUUCAUGAAUGUCUGCUUUAACAGCGGCUCUUUAUUUGACAGCUCCUCCUCUAUCUUGUUAAAUACAUGAAAAUUUGCUGUUACUUCUUUUCUAUAAAUUUAUUAGUGUGUUACAACAUA